AUAGAUAAAAUGUCUCGAACGAGAGAAAAAAUGAAUACUGUCGGCACCUAACGUAGGGACGUUUUUUUCCCAUAUCAAUUGUCCAUAUAGGAGUAUUACAUUACAGUUAGAUUCACAGGUGUACAUAGCCGAGUGCAGUUAAAGUAGGCUCUUUAUAGUUUCAUGUAGAAUAUAAAUAACUUAAAAAGCACGUUACAUAGGGUUAGUUAAAUGUUUAUUCUUAAUUUGGAGCUCUGGAUGCAUUUAUCCUUAUAAAAAUACUUGGAUUAAAGAUUUUAUUGCCAUGUAUUAACCCCAAAUUGGCUUGUUUAUCCAGGCAAUGUAGACUGUGGUAAAGAAGAGGAAAGGAGUAUUUUACCUUUAUUAAUCUUCACAAUCUUACAUACCCCGUUAAUAAUUAUAAUUUUUAUAUAUUUAAUAUGGAACAACAACAAUUUAUUAAAGAAGAAAUAUAUACACACGAUGGUUUUGCGUGGGGUAUGAGUAUUAAACAAGAAAUGAAAGACGAGAUAUUUACAUCAACUUUUCAAAAUUUAAUUGAUGAAAGUAUGCAUCCUAUAAAACAAGAAAUUGAUGAUGAUCUAAAUACAAAUAAAGCGAUGGAAGAAUAUACGAUUAAAGUUGAAAAAGAUAAGAGCAAUUCCCAUAUCGUUAAUAUACAAAAUAUUGGAAACAAAUUUAAAUAUCUAAAAGUGAAAUAUGGAAUUCGACCUAAAUCAAAAGAACUAUUGGAAAUUAUUAAACACGUUAAUUCAAACACUAUUGCAGGGAUUAUUAUAUGUAAAUUUUGUGGAAAUGUAUACACGAAACAAAAAGAGUACCUUUGUCACUUUUCUACAAAUCAUUUUAUGAGAUUUAAGAAAAUAAUGUAUAAAACAAAAUUCUGCCCUAAAAACUCUUACACAAGAGAACGAUUGGAAAAUGGAAAACGUGUAAAUUUAAAUACUAUUGCGGGAAUUAUUGUAUGUAAAUAUUGUGGAAAUUUAUACACAAAACGAAAAGAAUACCUUUGCCACUUUUCUACAAAUCAUUUUAUAAAAUUGAAGAAAAUAAUAUAUAAAGCGAAAUUUCACUCUAAAACAAGUUGCAUCAAAAAUGAAGUAGCUGACCAAACUAUUCUCAGAAAUAUUGAUCAAGAUGCGGAAAAUAAAACUGAAAUAGUUGGACAUGAUUUGAAAACAGAAUUGCAAGAUAAUAGGUUUACAGAUAAUUUGCCUGGUCACAAAGAAAAGAAGCCAUGCAAGUGUGACAUUUGUUCAAAAACUUUUGCAAAUAAAAAAAGUUUAAAAUCACAUAUCCGUCAACAUAUUGGAGAGAAGCCAUUCAAAUGUGACAUUUGCAUGGAGUCAUUUAUACAUAAAUGCCAUUUAAAUUCACAUUUGCGUAAACACACCGGAGAGAAGCCAUUCAAAUGUGACAUUUGCAUGAAAUCAUUUCCAUGGAAAACGAGCUUAAACAGACAUAGAUAUAUCCACACAGAAGAAAAGCCAUUCAAGUGUGAAAUUUGUCCCGAAUCAUUUUCACUGAAAUCUUGUUUAAAUUCACACAUUUAUAGUCAUACAGGUGAAAAACCAUUCAAAUGCGACGUGUGUUUGAAAACAUUUUCGUGGAAAACGAGCUUAAACAAACAUAGGCGUAUCCACACAGGAGAAAAACCAUUCAAAUGUGACUUUUGUUUUAAAACAUUUUCACAGAAGUGUAAUUUAAAUUUUCAUUUACGUAUACAUACCGGAGAAAAGCCAUUCAAAUGUAACAUUUGUGUUACAACAUUUUCACAAAAAUCUGAUUUGAAUUUUCAUUUACGUUUACACGUUGGGGAAAAGCCAUUUAAAUGCGACUUUUGUUCAAAAACUUUUGCUCGGAAAUAUGUAUUAAAUUCACAUUUACGUAUUCACACUGGAGAAAAGCCAUUCAAAUGUGAUGUUUGUUUGAAAACAUUUUCACAAAAAUGUAAUUUAAACGUUCAUUCACAAAUACACACUGGGGAAAAGCCCUAUAGAUGCGACGUUUGUUCGAAAAGUUUUUCUCGGAAAAAUGAAUUGAAUUCACAUUUACAUAAACAUUGAAAUAAGUUAUUUGGAUGAAGUAUUUUCAACGGUACUAUAAUAUAUACUGUUGAAGAAAUACAUAGUACAUGAAAAUCUCUAGAGAACAAAUAUUCAUUUUCAACAAUAAUUAAUGCGUUUUCUCAUUAAAUUUUGAGUGAGACGAGUUUGUGUCAGAGAUAUGGAGGGAGAGAAUAAGCUAGCCUCCAUUUUGAUCGUUGCAUGAGGUGAAACAUUGUCAACUGUCAGAUUUUUACAAAAAUUAUGUUAAAAUACGUAUUUCGUUCCAAAGAGGUUGUUAUAAAGAAGUGCUAAAAUAAAUAAUAAUCUCCUGGACAAAAUUAACGCGUCACUCAUAUUUUUUACAAGCUUUUGUCUACAAAUUGUAACAACUUUUUGACAAUAAAGCAUUUCUCUCUUUCGGUCUCUAUUUUCCUCGAUAUUGUUUGACAGUGACGGUUGUUAUUUAAAUUAACUAUAGCAUUACAUCUCGUUUUGGACUGGUUAACACAUUUUUAAAACGUGCUGAUUAAAGCAGUGUUUCUGUUGAUUGUAAUUGUUUUUAUUACAUGCAGGUUUGGAAGUUAAUUUGAGAGGAUAUUAGGGAUUGCAAUACCGUUAAAAAAUUUUGGAUAGUAAAGGCGGGGCAAAGUGGAUACCUUAAGGUUAUAGCAGAAAAGGUAUACAAUACAAAAACAAAAUCAUGAACCGUCUUUAUUUAAUGCUCUUACAAAUAGGAACAACAGUUACCAAUAAUAUUUAAACAACAAUUAACUGAAAUUAAUGUUGUUAUUACUAAUUUAUUUGAGCAGAUAACUAAUUUAGUUUUGGGUAAAACGUUCAAAAAGGUACUGAAAAAACAAACAACGUGUUGACGCUAUUGAAUUAACUACUACUAAAAAGAGAAGACAACACAUCCAUUAGGCUACAAUAAAUGAACAUAGAUGUCGCCACACGGCUCGUGGACUUUUGGUAUUAGUUCCAACAAUUAAAAUUUAAAAAAGUACGAAAGUAUUCAUUAUGCCCGAUACCCCGGGUAAUGCGAAUACCCAUAUUCAAACUCCGAAAUAACUUUGAUAAACUGAAAAAAACUUAACCAUAGAAUUAUAAAAUUAAGAUUGGCAAAAUUAAUGACAAAUGUCACAAUGAACUCGGAGAGCAUUCCAAUCGGAAUAAUACGAAAGGAAUAUAUUACUUCGCAACUAUGAAAUAAAAAAUUGUUUACACUAGAUGGCAUAUAAAACCAAUUAUAGUUCUCGAAAUAUAAUUUUGAUGUGUCUUAAUAAAACUCCAAAUGUGUCAACAUUCACGCGCUUGUCACAGCACAAAGUUCUCAAAAUCAAAUGAAAUUUGGUUAUCAGCUCUUCGUUCAAACCAGUAAUUUCAGCGUAGACCUUGGAAUUGGCAAAAAUGUUCCGGCUAUAUGUCCGUCGUUUGACCAACCAAACCCAGGUUUUGGUUUGUCUACAGUAAGGGGUAAACACGAGUUGAAGUUCUCUUGAAUUCUUUUCUUGUUUUUUUUAAUAAAUUUCCUUCAAAUCGUCACCCUUAACUUGACAAGGAAGUUUAUACAAAAUAUGGAGAGACAAUUAAAAAACCGAAUCGAUAAUGAAGUAUAGACAAACCAAGUAAUAUGUCUCUGAGUUUAGAAUACUUUCGAAAGUUUCUAUCUAUAGUUUUAUAAAUUUUUAGAACUGUGUCAACUAUCCAAAUAGUUGUUUUUAUAGUAACUGACACCCCAUGCGGUUAGCAAUGUCUUUUUGAUGAAUGAAUUUUGUAAUAGAAAUGUUACAUGUAUAAACAGAAAAGGAGGAUAAGUGGAUUAUUGUAACAAAGUAAAUUAUGCAUACAAACUUCAUUUAAAUGCAUCGUUAGAAUGUUACAGACUAGUGAUUAAGCAACUUAAAGGUUAUCAGUGUUCAAUAAAAAUUGUUUUUAAAAGUUUAUUGAGAAUUGUUUAAUCAAAUUUAUAAUUAAUAAAUGCAAUGCAUUAAUGUACACACUUAAAUUUCCAACAUAAUCGCAGGGAAAAUGUAGAAAAAAAUAUUUUUUAAUGUAAAUAAACAAUGUUGAAUAUUUGAAAGCUAUUUUUAAUUCUAAACAUCUUUUCUUUAUAACAAUUUUCGAUAUUGUCAAAAAGAAAGGUACUUUACUCUAGAGCAAAAAUCAGAUUUUUUGACAAACUUCAUAUACGACUGAAAAAAUUUAACAUCUGAUGAUUGAAUUUCAGAUUUUGGACCAUGCAGAACUUUUUAUAAAGAAUAACUUUUUUCUAGUAAUUUAUCCAACGCCUAUAAAAUGUUAUCUGUUGUUUCACUUGAUUGGGUAUUAAAAUCUCUAAUUGGCGUAUUACAUGCUUUGUCCUUGUACUUCUUCCGAUUGAUAAUAAUUUGAGUUUUCGCUUCUAUUAUUUCAGUCUGAAUCUCAGCAUCACUUCUAUUAUCACCCACAUACAUAUAUCUACUGCAGGUAAAUGUUUUUCUAAUUUGAUUGGAAUUUGGUAGAAAAUCUACUUGGCAUCCUUCAUCAGUUACAGAACUCACAAUAAUAUCAGCACGCUGUGGAAUUAUUUUAGUGUCAGUGGUCAUUAUAGUAAUUUGAUCUUUAACUAUUC